GUUUGCCUACAUGCCACAUCUGCCCUGUACAACAAAGAAACACAAACAACACAAAAUCCAAUUACACUAAGUGAGACUGUUUAUCAAUUGUCUACAUUUAUAGUCCUGUGCCGUAUACGCAUACCGCCAGACGAACUCGCUCGCCGUGUUUAAACCGUUUCUGCAAGGCAUACACAACUCCAGGGUUGCAGCGCGACGCAUAUUUCUUACCAUCAGCAUGGGGCAAUCCACCACCUCUGACAAGUUCGACCCUGACAAAGACAUACCGUCGUUGCAGAACAAAGUGAUUCUUGUCACGGGCGGCAACAUUGGCCUCGGCAGACAGGCAAUCCUUGAAUACGCCAAACACAAGCCAAAGCAGAUAUGGCUCGCGGCGCGCAACCUCGAUAAGGCCCGGGCAGCCGUCAAUGAGAUUCAGCAGCAAGCUCCGGGUGCGCCCAUCCGGAUUUUGCAAAUGGACUUGACAUCCUUCGCAUCAAUCCAAAGGGCGGCUCGCGCAUUCCUGCAAGAGUCUGGCCGUCUUGACAUCCUCAUGCUCAAUGCAGGCAUCAUGGCGACAUUGCCAGGGCUGACUGAGGACGGAUACGAGGUGCAGUUCGGGACGAAUCACAUGGGCCAUGCGCUUCUCACCAAGCUCCUGCUUCCCAUGCUGGACAAGACGGCCCAGCGCAGCCCCGACGCCGACGUGCGAGUGGUGGUGCUCACGUCUGAGGGCCACAAACUCGGCCCCAAAGCGGGCAUCCUCUUCGACACUCUCAAGACAGAAUACGCUCACGUGGACCCCUUUGUGCGCUACGGCCAGAGCAAGUUUGCCAACGUCCUUUUCGCGCGGCAGCUUGCGCAUCGGAACCCUCGUCUGACGGUUGCGGCGGUUCACCCGGGGGUCGUACAUACGAACCUCGAGGCUAGCGCGACGGGCAUAUCCAAGUCAGAUCGGGCGAACGGGCCGCUCGCUAACCUUCCGCACGUGCCAGUCAAUGAGGGUGUCAAGAAUCAGCUGUGGGCGUCCGUAUCAAAGGAUCUCGUGAGCGGCGAGUACUAUGAGCCCGUGGGGAAGCCUGACAAGGUGCGGAAGCUAGGGAAGAAUGACGAGCUCGCAAAGGCGUUGUGGGAUUGGACAGAGGCAGAACUGAAGGCGCAAUGUGGCGAGCCUUCCUCGAAGUUGUGAAGUGUCGGCCAUGGUCUUUGGUAGUGGCCGUCUAGGCGAGCAAUCGACGGUUGUAUUCAGGUAUUCAGGCGUAAGUCAGUAGCCGUUGCGCCGGAG